AGGGCUGGCGCGUGCCCCCUCUGGCCCGAGGCGGGCUGCGAAGCGCUGGGCUCGCCUUGCUCGCAAGAUACAGUGCGGAAACAGUGCUGGACUCUGUAAAUGGCUUUAGCUGACUGGAAGACGUGUAAAAUCACGUCAAAACUCUGAGCGUGGGCGAGGGUCAGAUCCUGUCCUCCGUUGGAGCCGCACCAACUUUCAGAGUCGGCUGCUGUCAGCGUUUGGGCUCCUGCAAGAAGUCGCAGCUGAAAGUGCAGCGUUGAAAAGCAGAUGCCCCAGUGUCAAAGGAAUAGUUCUGGACAAUACGUAGUGCGUGAAAGAGCUUCCAAAGGAUGAAGAUUUUGAUAGUGAUCAAUUUUGUCCUUGCAGCUAGCUUGAUGGAUGGCAUUGGCUGCUCUGAGCUACAGAACUGUUUUCAAGAGCAGAUACGACUUCAGGGCCAGGUGAGGCUCCUGGAACAUCAUGUGAAACAGCAGCAGUUAAAAAUUAUUCAGCUUUUAGAGAAGAAAGAGAUUCAGUACAGUGACAGAGGAGAUGAAAACAGUGUCAUUGACUUGGGAGGAAAAAGACAGUAUUCAGAUUGUGCAGAAAUCUACAAUGACGGCCAUAAGCAAAGUGGAUUUUAUAAGAUGAAACCUAUCCAGAGUCCUACUGAAUUCACUGCCUUCUGUGACAUGUCUGAAGGGGGUGGUUGGACUGUUUUUCAGAGACGUUCCGAUGGCAGCCAGAAUUUUGAUAGGGUCUGGACUGACUAUGAAGAAGGCUUUGGAAAUUUUCUUUUGGCAAACAGUGAAUAUUGGCUUGGAAAUAAAAAUCUUCAUUAUUUGACUAAUCAAAGGAACUAUACUUUAAGAAUUGAUCUAACUGAUUUUGAAGGAGAACGGCGUUUUGCACAAUACGCAAGAUUCAGAGUUGCAGAUGAAGAGCAUUCUUAUGAGAUGAGCUGUGGUGAAUACUCUGGCACAGCUGGUGAUUCCCUUACUGGUGGAUUUCACCCAGAAGUAAAAUGGUGGGCUGAUCAUCGAGGAAUGAAAUUCAGUACUAGAGACAGGGACAAUGACAACUAUGAAGGGAACUGUGCUGAAGAGGAAAAGUCUGGCUGGUGGUUUAACAGGUGUCACUCUGCCAACUUGAACGGUUUGUACUACAAUGGCCCCUAUACUGCAAAGACAGACAACGGGAUUGUUUGGUACACUUGGCAUGGGUGGUGGUACUCUCUGAAAUCUGUGGUCAUGAAAGUCAGACCAGCAGACUUUGAACCUAAUAUUGUUUAAGUAUUUUAUUAAGAUCUAGUUAAUCUUUUAGCAAAUCAAUCCAAAUUAAAACAGAUGGGCAGAUUUUUGCUUCUCAUCUAUGCAUUUAUAAAUCUGGAGUAAUUCCUCUGCAUCCAGUAGUUUUAUGAGAUGUAAAUGAGAAGACAGUCUGGCCCAUGAGUCUGUAGAUACAAAUACUAGUGCUAAUAUGUGUACAGGAUUUUUUUAAAAAGGCAAGUGUUCACCUAGGAAUAAGGACAUCUUCAUCGAUGUGGAGAAUUUUUGGCUUCUGCAGUAACUACAAAUCCUUUCACUUUCUAAAAACACCCCAGUAUUGUCACUGUGUUGUUGCAAAAAUGGAAGUGAAUUGUACCUAUUGCAACCAAAUAACUAUUUGAAUACAAGCGUAAGGCUGGUUUACUCAGUGGAUGGAAUAUAUUUUCUUUGGAAUGAUUCAAGACUUUAGAAGCGAGUUGCCUGUAAAUUCCUCUGAAUUAUUUGUUGCCUGUGUUGUGUACAUAGCAUACAUAAAAAGUAUAAAGAAUGAGGCAGGGAACUGAAGGAAGAGGAGGGAUGCUACCAGGCUAGAAUCAAUUGAAUCCAGUGUACGGAAGUGGAUUGUCUGUUGUUGCUGAAGUAUGUCUAGGGCUGGUCACAUCAUUUCAAUCUAAUGUUUUUAGAUGGUCAGUAAUUAUGCCUUUCUUCUUGGUAAUAAUCAUGCCUUUCUCUUAUUUUGGAGAAAAAUAACAGGACAAAAACUGGACUUUAAUAUAUUGACAUUUGGAGUUUACCAAAAGACUAAAUAACAAAAGCUGCAACUAAUUUUAAUGUGGCUACGCUUUGAACAUAAACUACCAUGGGAAAUGUAUUUCAUGUGCAACUAAAAUCUGGCAUUUUGGAGGUUCUUAGUGCUUGAGUCUAUAAAUCUUUACCUUCUUUAUGUAUCUGUUAGUCUCCACAACCUGCCAAAUUCGAAUGCCCUGUUCAGUCACUUCAAAGUGAUUCUGCUUCUAAGCCUGUUAUCUUUUCCUAUGUCCUUGUCUUGUCUCUCUGAGCUGUCCCCCUUCUCAAGCUGCAGCUGUACAGGAAAAAUCAUAACAAAGACUCCGCCUACCACUGGCUUUUGUGCCUAGCACCUCAAUAGACUCUAAUAGCCACUAAUAACAAGAAUCACUGGUUAGUGCUUGCUGCCAUGGAGAAGACAGGAACUUGCUCUAGAAAGCUAUCUGAUGAAAUUAAUCCACUUCUACUGAGCGGAUGAAAAUGAAGAUUUUAAAAAACACAUGACUCUGAGCCAAACUUGGGCACUUUUAUUUUCCUGCUUUCCUAAAAUAAUUUUAGUUUUGUGGUUGGACUGCCAGUCUCUCUCCCUCUGUCCAAAUACAGUUUUUGAACCUGGCAGCCAGUUUCAGUCAAGCUUAACAUAAUUGAAACUAAUUUUUUCCAAUCUAUCAGUCAAUUUAUAACUACAUUGAUAUGAAUACAGCUCAACUGAAUGAUAACUCCCUGUAUGGCCGUUUUUCCUUCCAUUUCCAUCCUCCAAACCCAAAAGUUUGGCAAGAAUCCUUGAAAGCAUUGCUUGGAAUAAGGGAGGGAGAAUGUAUAGAAUAACUGGGGGGAAAAAGAGAGGUUCAUAUGAAACAAUCUCACUCAGUAAAAUAAA